AUGUCCACCCCUCCCCCUCCCCCGAUCCCAAUCCCAUCCCCCACCAUCCUCACCCACCUCACCGCCCUCUCCCACCCCCGCACAGCCCUCCCCCUCUCCCUCCCUCACCUCCACCCCCACGCCCCUCUUUCUUCCCGCCCCGCCCCUUCCACCCUCCGACCUUCUCAACGAGGCGGGAAGGACAAGUCUCGGGAGAAGACGGAGGGGGGUUUGGUAGCGGAGUUGAAGGAAGGGGUCAAGUUUUGGAGAGGGGUUGUAGAGGGCCAAGGGGAGGAGGGUCGAUUGUACCAGGCGCUUAGGGAAGUGCUCACCCAUCAAUCUACCCUCCUAUCCACUUCCUCCUCCCUCCUCCCCCUCCCUCCUCCACCAAACACACUCCCCACAAUCACCCCCCCAAACCAACAACAACCGCCCUCCACCCUGCUCCAAACGCUGUCCUCCCUCGCCGGCCUACAGACGUUUCUGGAAGACUCGCAGUUUGGGCUGCAGCAGGCUAGUUUGGCGAUUGCGGGGGAGAGGGUGGUGGUGGAUGUGGAUUUGGGGGUGGACGUCGCUGAGGGUGAAGGCGCUGAAGGCGAGGGCGCUGAUGGUGAGGGGGAAGGUGAGGGGGGGUCGAGGAUGGGUACGCCUUUAGGUACUACCCCUCUAGCUGCUUCCACCCCCGCUCCCGCUCCCGCGCCCGCCCCUGCGCCGAGCGCGGGCGAUGCAGGACCCCCCACAGGCCGUGAAGAAAGACCACCCAAAAUCAAGCUCCUCAAACUCGAAGCAUCGCAUGUGACGCCGAAAGGCGAGACAGGCCAGUCGGGGCACGUCAAAGCGACUCUCACAAAGUUGGUGGAGGAGUAUUUGGAGCUGUAUAAUGUUUUCCCUGUUGUGCCUACUCUUCCUACCGGAUUUCCCAACACCGGCUCACAAGCCCCGCCGCUCCCGCUCACGCAACACGAUGAAGAAGGAGGGAAUCAAGCAGAAGCCAUGGCGGAUAUCAUCAGACACUUGGAGAACGAGUUGCGGUCGUUGAAACGUAUAGACGAUGUAGCUUGUGCGGAGGGAGAAGGGGAGGGGGUGGUAGAUUGGUUUGAAGAGGUUGAGAAAGUGGCGAGGGGUGUUGAUGCCUUGUUUGGAGAAUCUUUGGAACAUCCGGUGUACCCGGCUGAGAGGCCUUGUAUCUUUCCUUCUUUCCGUCUUUUACCCCCUUCUUCACCUUCGUCUUCUGCAUCGACGAGUACGAAAGAGGGCGGCAGGGUGGAAGCGUUCAACCCGACUUGGCAGAUCCGGCCUCUCCUCUUGCACCUCAACGAAUCCGUCCCUUCCCUCCUCCCUUCCCCUGCUUCUCAUUCUCUGCAUUCUUCUCAAGAUGAGCACGGGGAAGGAGGAGAAGAUGUCACCAUGGACACGCAAGAACAUGAACAGGAGAAGGAGAAUGAAGCAGGAGGAUGGCUAGGGAGCGAUUGGGUCAUCGAAUGUCUCGACCCUUCCGGGCUCACCGAGAUGAGAGGGACGAACCCGCCAGCCAAGUCGGCUCGAGGAUCGAAAGUCUACUCGCAAUAUCGACCAUACCAACAACCUUCCUUCAUGCCGCCUCAGGCUCAACAGCAAGCUUUCCCGUAUACUUUACCGUUCGUACAGAGUUCUCAACCAGCCCACCAGAAGCAGGGAGAAGGGGAAGGGGAAGGGGAAGGGGAGGGGCUGGAGCAGCAUUGGUCGAUAGCGCAUCCUGGGCCUGGGGGAUGGGUCGUUGGAAGGGUGGGGUUGGGGAGGAAUGAAGAGGGAUUACGGAGGGCUAUUGUUGCUCUGAGACGACAGACGGUCAUGAACCAACUCUUCUGCCAGAUAUUCAAGACAGAGUAUUGUCGGCCUUAUGACGUUGAUGUCGGGAGUGUGCCGGAUCCUAAUGGCGAGACCAACCCACUGAACGGCGAGGGUGAGAUGAAGAAAGAAGGGGAGGAUGCAGAGAUGGCGGAAGAUGAAGAUGAUGAUGGGGAUGAUGAUGAUUGGUGGCUCUCUGCAUCACAAAAAUCAAUCCCAUGCUCCCUCACCAUUCUCCCAUCAUCAUACAUCAUCGCCCUACCCAUCCUCUCUUCAGAAGGCAAGAUACGCGAUACGCAAGUCACCGUCAAGCCGUCCUUGGUGUCGGAAGGAGGGUAUGUGUAUGUUGGGGUAAAGGUUGAUGGGGAGGAUGUUGGGGUGUUUGGGGAUGGGGCUGGGGAUGGGGCUGGAGGGAGGAGGGAUUUGGUGGGGAUUGUGGAUGAGGUUGUCAGGCUUGUCAGGGGAUGA